UUGUUGAGGGGUCACGGGAAGAAGGCGUGGCCGAGGCACCGCCCCUUCCCUUUCGCCGCCGGGCUGCCAUCGCGAGCGCACGUUCCAGGCCUGUCUCCCGCGCCGCCGCCGCCUCCCAAGAUGCGUUACGUUGCAGCUUAUCUUCUAGCAGUCCUCGGUGGCAAUGAGUCUCCUACUUCAAAGGACUUGAAAAAGAUCCUCGACAGUGUUGGCAUUGAGACUGAUGAUGAACGGAUGAACAAGGUUAUUAGUGAGCUGAAUGGAAAAAACAUCGAGGAUGUCAUUGCGCAGGGUAAUGGAAAACUUGCCAGCAUGCCGGUUGGGGGAGCUGUGGCAGUCUCUGCUGGAGGGGGCUCUGCUGCUCCUGCUGCAGCUGCUGCCCCUGCUGCCGCUGAGGAGAAGAAAGAAGAGAAGAAGGAGGAAUCUGAAGAAUCUGACGAUGACAUGGGAUUCGGCCUAUUUGAUUAAUUAUUUGUUUUAGAGAAAUUAAAAUUCUUUGUUUUAAAUGGGGUUUUUUUGAGUUUAUUACUACAACCGUACAAGUGCUGUGGGAUUCAGACAGCUGUUCUUAAUAUAGCUCUGACAAAGCUUUGAUUUUUGUCUCUUUGAAACAGGUAUGUGAAUUUUAUGACACUCCUGUUUCUUAAGCAGCAUGUGUAAGCUGAAUCUAGCUGAUGUUAACUCAAUUUCACCUUCUCCACGCUAUUUUGCUAUCCCAGUUAUGCAGGAAAGACUCCCUGUCUAUUCAUCAAUAAAAGUAUUUUAUUUUCCAGGA